GGCCCUGCAGGCCUUUGCCCUUCCCCACAAGGAAUGAGACUGGCCGGGGGGUUUGGAGAGAUCGCUCCUCCUGCCACGGAGACUAGACCACAGCUGUGCAUCGGGAAGAGGCGACCCUGGCGGGAGGAGCCGCCAUAGAAGGACGCAGCGCUCCGGGGCUGGCUGCUGGCUGCACUCGCUGCCCGCGGUGGGACGCGGUGUGGUGCUGCUUGCCCACCUUCUGUGAGGGGGCAGGGGAGACGGGGCACAGGCCCACCCAGCGCGCCGCGUCCUCACCCAAGAAAGGGCUGUGCUCCCUGAGCAAAGCCGAGCACUGUGCUCAGAGAAGCCCCGCAAUGUUCACUCUGUGGCCGACCUGCGGCGGAGCCUUCGGCGCUCGCACUGGCCCCUCGGCCACUGUCACACCCACUGUGACAGAGGGAGGCCAGCCUGGUCCUCUCUGAGGAGGAAAGACAGCCUUCUAGGCGGUGACUGAGAGGGACAGUGGGUAGGAGUGCUGCUUGGAAAGCAGAAACAUUUGAAGUCGAAUCCUACACCAGACAAUUGUUAAAGCGGUCUGAUCCCGGGGAGAGCACUUGUUUCCUCGCGGGCAAAAUGAGGAUGAAAAUAGCACCUCCUGAUGUUGUUUGGGCCAACAAGGUGGCAGUAGAUGGGGUGCCAGGACUGCAGUCAGAAAGACUCAUCUUUAAUUUGGCAAAGGAAAAUCCACAAAAGGUUCAGCCUCUGCCUCCAUCAUGGCAAAGAGCCAGUCACAGAAGUUAACAGGGGAUGAGAAAGAACCGGAGAUGAUCAAAAUCAACACCCAGAUACUCAAAGAAAUUGUGAAGUUCAGGAAGGACUCGCUGGCCGAACUGAAACAGAAUGUUGAUUCCCUCACUGUCAGCAACCAGGAGCUGGCAAAAAAGAUCCAGGACGUAGAAGCCUUCACUGCAGAGAAAGUGCGGAAGCUUCUUCGGCAGCAGGAUGUGUUUGGGACUCUCAUCAGCACUCUGGAGUAUGCAAACCACAUACAAAUGCAAGACAUGAAGAGCAAGCUGGAAAAGUGGGAAGCAGAGACAAAGGUCCGAGUGAAUGACCUGGAGCAGCAGUUGACAAAGUUAAAAAGGAAGAUUAAUAAUGCCCAAGAAGAGCUGAAUUUCCUUUCUACCUAUAUGGAUCAUGAAUACCCGAUUAAGUCUUUGGAGAUUGCUAACCUCGUGCGCCAGGUCCAGGGUGUGAAAGAUAGCAGUCAGAAUGAACUGGACGAGUUGGAGGAGAUACGCAAGAAUGUGCUUCAAACAUUGUCGAAAAAGCUGAUGGUGAAGUCAGAGAAGGUGUUAAAUAUCAUGGCCAAGAGAACCAUCCUUCCCUAUCAAACUGCUCUUAUGAAGAGGACCCUAAGCAACCAGCUACUAUUGAAGCAGAUGGUUCAGUUCAGAGUGCAUAUUGACCGUAUGAAGAAGGAACUUCCCAAGCUGAAGGCUCAGGUAAAGGAUCUCCAGAUGAAGAGACAGGACCCACGGGAAGUGAUCUUUGCCAAUAUCCUGCUUCGGAAACCCAAGUGUACUCCAGACAUGGAUGUCAUCCUCAACAUCCCGCCGGAAGAAAUUCUUCCCUUUUAGCUCUGCACAGGACAAGACUCUAGCUGGGCUGGCCGUGUCCAAGAUCUUAUCUUUCUUCCAGUCAUCUUUAUAGGACAUCUUAGUACAUCUAGGGGAGUUUUCAGCAACUUCUUCAUCUUGUGAUUUUCAUUUUUCACUGGAUGCCACACUCACAUUUUAACUAAUAAAAUAAAAUUUUUAUUUUGUCAGCA